AGUCCUUGGAAGAAUUCUCUGCGUUAUUGGAUAAUUGUUCUAAUGGUGACAUUAUGUUGAUAAUCAAUCACAUUCGAGUGAGCAAUGCAAUCAAGCUUGCAGCAGAAAAUCGGAAGAAGAUGCAAGUGUUUUAUGGUGUGUUGCUGCAAUAUUUUGCUGUACUGGGAAAUAAAAGGCCAUUGAAUAUUGACUUAUUGGAUUUGUUGGUGAAGCCAUUGAUGGAAAUGAGUGUGGAGAUUCCUUACUUUGCUGCAAUAUGUGCUCGUCAAAGGAUUUUGCGAACUCGAACACAAUUUUGCGAGGUUAUCAAGAACCCAGAAAACAGUUGUUGGCCUUCUUCAAAGACGCUAAUUCUUUUGAGGCUUUGGUCUCUAAUAUUUCCCUGCUUGACUUCCGUCAUGCGGUCAUGACUCCAGCUAUACUGCUGAUGUGUGAAUAUCUUAUGCGUUGCCCCAUUGUGUCUGGUCGUGACAUUGCAUUUGGCUCUUUCAUUUGCUCAAUGCUUUUCUCUGUUGCUAAACAAUCUAAGAAGUUCUGUCUUGAAGCAAUUGGGUUUCUCCGAAUGCUGCUGAUGGCAGCAAAAGAUGAAAAACCAAUGUCAAAUCAGGAUACUCAAGAAAGAUUCUUUUGUUAUACGUUAUGUAUUUUAUAGAUGUAUAGGCUAAAUGUAUUCCAUAUUGUGAG